CUCGUUUUUGUUAAUACACGUUUGAUUAUCUACAUAUUGAUACUGGACAUCAUACAUUAUACAUACAUAACAAACCAGAACUUGAGAAAAAAAUACAUUUAGGCUCUGAUAUACUAAUGGGUAUUAAAUCUGCAGAAGUUCAGUAAAUAAUAUUUCUUGGUUGGAAAUAAUAGAUAUCAGGAUUUGGGUGGGGAAAAAGUUUAGCAGUUAACUGCAUGAUCAAGUUGUGCCAAAUUUCAUGCCUGAUAAAUUCCAUUAUUUUCAACACGUCUCUGAAAACUCCAAAUGACUAAAAUGGUUUGUGGUCAGGUGAAUGUGUUUGUUUAUAUUCUCGUGAUUCUUAUGGGACUUUCGGCCUGGAUAGACAUUAAUGGUCUGUGGUCAGAAUUGCCCAUUCUAGUGAACCGUCUUCCUGAGAAAUGGAGUUUACCCUCAUACAUGGUUGUAAUCAUACAGAUGGCGAACAUUGGGCCACUGGCGUUCUCUGUAGCAAAAUUCGCGAAAAUUAAACACGUCAAGGAGGUGCCAGUGAUAUACAUUAUCAUAAUCACUGGAUUCGCCUCAACUCUUCUUCUGGCUUUUUUCUGGAACAGGACCACCUACAUCAGGGGAGUGGAGCACAGCACUGCCCUGUUUGUUCUCAACUUCCUCCUGGCGUUUGUCGACUGUACCUCAUCCGUCGUCUUCUUACCCUUCAUGGCUGCGUUCAACCCCAAGUACAUAACAGCCUUAUAUAUUGGAGAAGGCUUCAGCGGUCUGUUGCCAAGUGUGGUGGCUCUGGGCCAAGGGGUUUCCAAUGUUCAUUGUGUAAAUGGAACACAGUUCUCAAACGUAACGAGGAAUGGAAGCGUGAUUAACGUAACCGAAUACGUGGUGUAUCCCAUGUACCAGAAACCAACGUUCACAAUUGAAGUGUUUUUCUUCUUCCUGUCUGGCAUGAUGGUCGUGAGUGGACUGGCCUUCACGGCGUUGAACUUUAUUCCAGUUUGUAAGAGAGAACAGACGUGCAUGGGCCAGCAGUAUGAACCGGCCGUUUUCAACUCCGAAGAUUCUGAACUGGCGUGUGGGAAAUACAAGUGUUACGAGUCGGAUUCGCCUUCCCUCGAACAGCAAGUGCAAUUUCACGAGGACAGCACAGAUUUAAAGAUGGGCUUUGACAAUGCUCUAGACAGCUCAGAUUCACCUACAAGGAGAACCAAGUUAAAGAUUGUGAUAUCGUCUGAACUGAACACCGAUUACAAUCAGUGCAACCAGACUGUCGCAACAUACGUGUGGCUGCUGCUCCUGACCAUGUGGAUAAACGGGCUGACCAACGGUGUCCUCCCAUCAAUCCAGUCGUAUUCCGUACUUCCGUACGGAAACAGUGCCUACCAUCUUGCAGUGAACCUCGCCAACAUUGCCAACCCACUGGCCUGCUUCGUGACUUUCUUCUUCCAAAUACAGUCGGUUGUGGCCAUCACGGGUCUGGUAGCUGUCGGGAGCGUAGUGGGUGCAUUCUGUAUCUUCUUGGCCACUUCGAGUCCGGACCCAGUCCUCGCUGGAGAAGACUGGGGUAGUGCUAUGGUUGUGAUAGCGUGGGUUCUUGUAGUUCUCCUGCUCAGUUACCCCAAGGUGGCCAUUGCAGGACUUCUCCGACUCCGAGGUAAAAGAGCUCUACUGUGGUGUGGGAUCGUCACACAGAUCGGAUCGGCGCUUGGAGCCAUCACAAUGUUUUUAUCAGUCAACAUAUUCAAGUUGUUUGUACAGGGAUCACCUUGCAAUCAUGUGUAAUCAAGUGACGUCCUUUAUUAGUCUCCAACUGGUCCAGCUGGAGAGGAGGGGAAGAGAUUAUAGGUUUCGUCUUUGACAUUCCAUCUGUUUGUCCCACAUAUAAUUUUGUGUAUAGGUUUAGCAUGUACAGUUACAGAUCAACAGUGACUUUCGUGGAGAUUUAACAAUAUUUGACAGAGUUAUAGCCAGGCCAGAGCCCAAUUUUACAAAACAUCGUAAGCCUAGUUUUGCACAUAAAUAUAAAUCUUCAACUCAACCACAAUUUUUAUUACUACUAUAGUACAACAAAUAUAGUUUGAAUUACACAUAUUUCACUUCCCCUUUGUCCUCAAAAUGCACCAUCUUACGUAAGGAUGUAAUUUUCUGCGUAAAAUAGAUGUCAAACACAUGUAAAUGAAUGACCGGUAUAACUGCUAGUUGCAGACAUAAACUUGAUGUUUUGUGACAUAGGCCCCUGGUGCUUAUAAAACUCUAAUAGAGUCUGAGACACUAAUGUCAUGACAACGCCAUACAAAUUGUAUGCGUGUGACGUCAUUAGAGAUUGAGUCUGGACUAUAAAAGUUUCGUGAGCAUGGGCCCUGAUCAAGUUUGACUUUAAUGGAAAUGUAUUCAAGGGCCAUAACUCUGUCAACAAUGGAUUUUAACCAUUUGACAGUUAUGGCCAUUGAACGUAGAUUUGUUGGGCCAGGUAGGGGACAUAUGUAUUGCUUUAGCAGUACUUUCAGAAUGCUUGCUUUUAUAGACGAUUAUGAUGAGCUAUCACUCUAACUCUCCAUUACUUCACUGAGACUAGUUAAAGGAAAGUAAUUUUUAGCUCCCCUUGGCAUGUGAAUUUAUAUGGUAUUAUGUUAAAUCCCCACCCCACCCCCUGCCCAACAUAAUCUAUAAGUUAGAGGAGCAAAUAAAUCACUCUCCUUCAUUGUUCUUACAGCAAGGAGUGGUGCUUUUACACACAUGGGACCACCAUAAUAUAAUAUGUACACAAAACCAACUGUCGGUAUCUGUUUGAGUGUUCGGGACGGGACGUAGCCCAGUGGUAAAGUGCUCACAUUUCCUUCCUUCUGUUUGAGUGUUCAUUUGAUUAUUCUAUAACAAACCACAGACUAUUUCAUCCUUCCUAUCCCAUCCACGCUGCCUUUCUAUUUAAAGCAAAACACUAUAAGUAACACUUGUUUAUGAAAUGAAUUAAUAUAUAAAUUGUGGUAUUUUAAAAUAAGCAUCAAAAGAAUAUAGUCAGAACCAGUGAAACACUAAGAAGCAGAAAGCCAAUAUUUUAAGGCAGUAAUGGGUUUUAUUUAUCCUGCAAUCCAACAGGAAUAGUCAGAAUUUAUUUAUUAAUUAUUUAUUCCUGUUUUUGUAAGCAAAUCGAGUACCAUCCACCUAGCAAAGCUUUUACAGUAUGACGUCAAACAAGAUACAUGUCAUUCUGUCACAUUAAAAAAGUAUUUGUAAACGCUAAUUCAUAGGUAAAUAUACAAGUUUUGUUUCUUUAUCAUGACACUAACAUUAUUUAUAUAUACUGUACUGAAAUAAAUGAUUUAAAGAGUAUUUUUAUUGAAAAUCUAGUCUGAAACACUCGAGUCGAGUUGGGCUUAUGUCACGUGACCUAUAUUUUUGGUCUGUAACUGAAAAUAUAGAAAUUUAUCUAGUCAUCAUAUGUAUAUUGUAUAUUGUGAUUGCAGUAUAAUCUAUUUUAUUACUCGCCUGGUCAAAGUCUGGAUAUGUUGUAUACAUUUCAUAUCAGGGCUCGAAAUGCAAUGUUAGUACAUGCACCGGUGCAUGCUGAUUUUUGCGUGUGCAUGUAACUUUUAAAACUGGGUGCACGCGGUGCAUGCUAAUAUUUUUCAAGUACUGUGUAUU